GUCAUUGACUGCACUCCCUCCUUCUUUUCAUCAACAACCAUCUUGCACCCAACACCUCAACCACCGUCUCUUCUUCUUCGUGUGACUUGCAUCAGCGAUUCGCACGGGCUUUCGGGCAUUUUGUAAUUUAUUUUCGAGGAGCGAUCUUAAGCCCCUUCCUCAACGCCUUUUCAGCAGGCAGACGCGCUCUCCUUUCACCGUCUGCUGUCGCCUCGAAUCACCUCCAACAAGUCGAAAAACUUUUCCAGCGACUCUGUUAUUGCCACUUCUAUCCACACACAUUGUCUCGCGCGAUUCUUCAUCUCUGCACGCGCUGCCGUCACUCCCACAGCCUUCGCUUAUCAAAACAAUAAGCGACAAACAUCAUAAUGCCGGACAAGCUUAGUCAGUCUCUCGAUCAGAUCAUGAGCGACCGUCGCAAGUCGACUCGUAGUCGUCGCGCACGACCUGGUGCCAAGGCUACGACUGCGCCAGCAGGUGGCGUCACGAAGAAGACUAAGCCAGCUGAGAAAAAGCCGGUUAAGGCAGUACCUACUGGACCGUCCAACAAAGAAAGCAAGGUCCAAGUCUCAAACCUCCCACGCGAUGUGACCGAGGUUCAGAUCAAGGAGUACUUCACUACUACCGUAGGUGCUAUCAAGAAGGUUCUCCUCUCCUAUGGCCCGAAUGGCGAAUCUCGCGGUGUUGCUACCAUCAUCUUUGCGAAAUCAGAUGGUGCUGCGAAAGCUGCUAAAGAGCUUAACGGAUUAAAGGUAGACGGACGCCCAAUGAAGAUCGAAGUAAUCCUCGGCGCUGAAGAGGCCCCUGCUGCACCCGCGCCAAAGCCACUCAGCGAUCGUAUUCAGAAGCCUGCUGAGAAGGCUAAGCCAAAACCGGCAACAGCGACACCGAAGGCUGCCACAAGUGACAAGGCCGGUAAGCCUGGCCGUCGUCGUGCUCGCGCUGCAAAGGGUAAGGCAGGCGCAGGUCGCCCCAAGCCAAAAACAGCAGAAGAGCUGGAUGCAGAGAUGGCUGAUUACUGGGGUGGCGGUGCUAACGCUGAGAGCGAUGCCGCGAUGGCCAAUGGUGGUGCUGUUCAGCCCGCUGCCAAUGGCGAUACGGGCAUGGAAGAAGACGUCGUCGCAUGAACGCCAAGGGUAUACAGAUUCUAGGUUUGCGGAUCUUGAUGGUGACUUUGCUCGAGGUUAUUUCAAGUGUAAUGUGCUGAGGCGAGGGACACGACGUUUGCACUUUCGUUACAAUGCAUGUCUUAUCACACAAUAAAGUAUCUUCAAAUUACCCAAAAAAGACUGGGCAGCAUGGAGUCAGGUUACUCGAUCGCGUUGUAGUACGGAGACGCAAUGCCUUUCAAAGAGUUACAGUUGAGGAAUGGGUUUUCACGGGGGGUCCUUCUCCUUACAUACAAUGUAAAGCAGAAAACAUACAGAACAAAAUCAUCAGCAGUACCCAAGAAA